AUGAGUACCUCUCACAUGGCUCCCCCACCACUGGGCCGUAACCGACUAGCGCAUCGACGCAGCACCGAGGCGGUAGGUGGUGGAAGUCGGCAGUAGUGUACCAUCAGCCACCGUGAGUUCACCCCUCCCACUCGUGACAACCUACUGGUAGUUCCGUCUGCUCGAAGUAAAGUUGCGAGCUGCCGCUAACAUGGCCACCCGCUGCCAACAGCUGCUUCAACUGGCAAUGCGGCGGGACAGGUCAGACUCGAGGAUGGGGAUGAUGGAGAGGAAGUGGGGAUGUGUGGCGAUUCACUGUAUUUGCUUUUUCAUUAG